GGCAAUACACCUGAACAAAAGUAGUUACUUAUCCAACAGGUUUACAGACAAGCCUCCAUCAUGCGGAAGUAGGAAGUAAAUGUACAUUACCUUAAAUACUUUCUCUUACAACCGAUGGGAACACGACCGUUGUGUACGUCGUGUCUGCGGACUGUUGGUGUAAUUUAUAUGCCCGGACAUCAUCAGUGUGGUCUAGCUGGUGGACAGUAACACGUGACAUGGAUUCUCUUCUGGAGGCAAUCGAGAUACUUACAAACGCAUCCAGACAUCAGGAGCACUUGAUUACGUUGAGAGAGGAUUCAAAUCUAAGCCCACCUUCUUCUGGUCACCCAAAUCUGUUUGACGGUUGUGUGGAGUUGAUAAAAGAGGUUGCGGAAGCCCCUGACCUGUCUCAAGACAAAUGUGAUUCAUCUUUUCACGAUUCAAGAACCACAGACAUACCAAAAGAGCAAGAAAAGCAUGAAGGUAAAAAGAAAAGAAGGUGCUCAAAAAAGAAGAUAAAAAAGGGGAUCCGUUCAGACAGGCCAGGCCACCAUUGCUCCAAAUGUGGACGAAACUUCAGAACAUCAGUUCACUUAAAAAGACAUCAACUUGUUCAUUCAGGUAUAAGGUCUCAUGUUUGUCCUGAAUGUGACAAGCGUUUCUUCACAUCCUCUGAACUCAAAGUACAUCUGCGUAUUCACACGGGAGAAAAACCGUACCAGUGUUCUGAAUGUGGUAAACGUUUUGCACAGACAGGAUCCUUGUCCAAUCACCGGAAACUUCAUAAAAGCGAAAAACAACACAAAUGCUCUGAAUGUCAGAGAGGCUUCCAUAACUUUUUAGAUCUACAAGCACACAAAAGGGUUCACACUGGAGAGAAACCUUAUGUCUGCACGCAAUGCUGGAAGAACUUUACUACAUCUGGAGCGUUGAAAGUUCAUGUACGCACUCACACUGGUGAAAAACCUUACGAGUGCACAGAGUGUGGAAAGACGUUUUGCCAGCUUGGCGGACUCAAGGUUCACAGGCGCGUUCAUAACGGAGAAAGGCCUUACACAUGCUCUGUGUGUGAGAAGCGCUUUAAGGGACAUGCGAAUUUGAUUGCUCAUCAGCGCAUUCACAAAGGAGAAAAGCCUUAUCGAUGUUCUGUGUGCAGAAAGACAUUCAGUGACAGUCGGAGACUUAAAGAGCAUGAGCCACCUCCAUCAGCAGAGAAACCGUUCCAUUGUAGCAAGUGUAUUGAAACGUUUAGUGCUUUCUGUCAACUUAAAGACCAUCAGCGGUGUCACAGGAAAGAAAAGCGCCAUGCCUGUCCUGAAUGUGGAAAGGCCUUCAUACAUUUAUAUUUGCUGAAGAAUCACCAGCGUGCUCACUCCGAUGAGAGACCUUAUUCUUGCAUGGUAUGCCGAAAGGGGUUUCGGCGGCCAUUUGACCUAAAAAUGCACCAGAAUAUCCAUAAUGAAGCAAGACCUCAUUCUUGCUCUGAGUGUGGAAAGAGCUUCCGCAGGACUGCAGAGCUCAGGAUACAUCAGAGAGUACAUACGGGUGAAAAACCUUAUUCCUGUGCCAUUUGUGGAACGGGCUUCAAACAGAUAUCACAAGUCAAAGUGCACGAGCGCAUUCACACUGGAGAAAGACCCUACAUCUGCUCGGAGUGUAAGAAGUCUUUUAAAGACAAGAGAAGCCUCCUAACACACCAGAGAGUGCAUCAUAAAUGAAUGCAGGAUUCAGUUGUUAAUUGUAUAGUUCACUCAAAAAUGAAAAUUAUGUCAUCAGUUAAUCAUACAUUUUUUGGGGGAUGAACAAUAUAUGUAUAUAUGUAAGUAUUUAUAUUAAAGGAUCAGUGUUUUUUUUUUAGGAUAAAUGAACAGAAAUGCAAUAUAAUAGAUAACUAUGUCUUCGGAGGUGUAUAAAGACCUUGCAUAAUGAAUAACCUCAACACCAAAUGCCACUAAAAUCUCCACAUUGCUCCUUAAUUAAAUUAGUAUAUUGUGCUUAAUUAUUUAAGGUGAACAGGAUUUUGUAUUUUAUUUAUCAUAUCUACUAGUGUUGCUCAGCAAUGACAACAUCUUUCUGAUAACAUAGGAACCGGUCUUUGGACUUUCAGGGAGUGUGUUUAAAUUUAUUUCCAAUCUUAUUAACCAUUUGAACAAUUGAAAUAUCUUAUUUUUUGUUAUCUAUUGUAAUAUUUGAUUUAUUAGAUAAAUAACUUUUUCAGAAAUAGAUUCUGCUGCAUACCAUUUCAUUUUAUAAAUGGUUUUGGUCUUUUGUAUCUAUUGAUAUUAUACCGUAGCUAAUAGUAGCAUGGUUCUGUUUUAUGGUUCAAGUUCAACCAAAAGAGGGCAGUGUGUACAUAAGAAUGCAUUGGCCAUCAGCAAUUUACAGUUAUUGUAUUUAUUUUAGGAUAAACCCAGGGAAAAUCUGACUCUGCACCCUAACUCAAUAAUAAAUUGUAUUCUUUUAACAAGAUAAAUGUAAUUUUAUAAACAGCUUUCAUUUUUCAUGUAGGCCUACUAUGUCGUCUGCAAUAGCCCUGAUAAUGCAUAUUUGUAAUAAACAAGUUUUUGUCUGUUCUGCACUAAAAAAAAGACCUGCAUCAACAGAGCUAAGAUUACCGAAGAUAAACACAUCAAAUGAAUAAACAGCCUUUACUCUGUAUCCUCAUAUACUCUUCGAUCAGCAUGAACAGCCUUCUAUAUGCAUUUGUUCUCUAUAGUCUUCAAUUGUAUGCUGCAGAUUUCCAGCAUUAUAAUAUGGGGUCCUCAACCUUGAUUUGAAUAUGAACAAAAUACCAUCAUGCAAAAAGCAACAAACCUCUAGAGAUUUAGAUGGCUGCCCUGUUCAAAGUACCUGCAUCAAGAACAAAGGUGUUUGUUCGAUAGAUUAGAUGCAUGUGUUCAUUAUAUAUAAAUGUGAAUUUGUCGCAGUACUCCAGUCACACGCUGUUGUGACUAGUUAUCACAUCAUAUACUGCUUAUCACAUAUUGCAGAAGUGUAUAGUCAGACAAGAAGAUUAGAAAUAAGCAUUCUAUUUAUAUUCCUAACAGAAAUAGGAAUUUAUUUUUUAUACGUGGUCUUUGCUCAAAAACUAUAAUAAAAUUCCCAUUUGCCUGUUUAAUUUCCUGUUUGAUUA